AUGACGGAAGUCCAAAAGCAUUCUGUGCACACACUUGUGUUCAGAUCUUUGAAGAGAACCCAUGAUAUGUUUGUAGCUGAUAAUGCCAAGCCUAUACCAUUAGAUGAAGAAAGUCACAAAGUAAAGAUGGCAGUCAAGCUGCGUACAGAGUAUGGCUCAGUGUUGCACAUGCCCACUCUGAAAGAAAACUUGAGAGAGAAAGGAGGCUCAAACACUGGGGAUCCUUAUGGACAUAAACAGUAUUCUGGCAAUCAAGGACAAGAACUUGAAUAUAUGGUAACUGGUACACAUCCGUACCCACCUGGGCCUGGUGUGGCUCUGACAGCAGAUACUAAGAUCCAGAGGAUGCCUAGUGAAUCUGCAGCUCAGUCAUUAGCUGUAGCACUUCCUCCUUCUCAGUCCAGGUUGGAUGCAAAUCGGACAGCUGCUGGUGUGGGUGACAUUUACAGGCAUGCUGGAAUGUCUGAGCGGUCGCAGCCCCCUGGCGCGCCCAUGGCCGUGAUGGAAGCUGGUGGAAACAAAAAUUCUGCAUUAGUGGCAAAGAAAGCUCCAACCAUGCCCAAACCUCAGUGGCAUCCACCUUGGAAACUGUACAGAGUUAUCAGUGGCCAUCUGGGCUGGGUGAGAUGCAUUGCAGUAGAACCAGGAAAUCAGUGGUUUGUUACUGGCUCAGCUGACAGAACUAUAAAGAUUUGGGACCUUGCUAGUGGCAAAUUGAAAUUGUCUUUGACGGGACACAUCAGUACUGUACGAGGGGUGAUAGUAAGUGCAAGAAGUCCAUACCUGUUUUCUUGUGGAGAAGACAAACAAGUGAAAUGCUGGGAUCUUGAAUACAAUAAGGUUAUCAGACAUUAUCACGGUCACCUAAGUGCUGUCUAUGGUUUAGAUCUGCAUCCAACAAUAGAUGUGCUGGUGACAUGUAGCAGAGAUUCAACAGCGCGAAUAUGGGAUGUGAGGACAAAAGCCAGUGUGCACACACUAUCAGGACACACAAAUGCAGUUGCAACAGUGAAGUGCCAAGCUGCAGAACCACAAAUUAUUACAGGUAGUCAUGAUACCACAAUACGGCUCUGGGAUUUGGUGGCAGGAAAAACUCGUGUUACUUUAACAAACCACAAGAAAUCUGUAAGAGCAGUUGUACUACAUCCAAGACAUUACACAUUUGCAUCUGGUUCUCCAGAUAAUAUUAAGCAGUGGAAAUUCCCAGAUGGAAACUUCAUUCAGAACCUCUCUGGUCACAAUGCUAUCAUCAACACACUGGCUGUAAAUUCAGAUGGAGUUCUGGUCUCAGGAGCUGAUAAUGGUACUAUGCAUCUUUGGGACUGGAGAACUGGAUAUAAUUUCCAGAGAGUACAUGCAGCUGUACAGCCAGGUUCUUUGGACAGUGAAUCAGGAAUAUUUGCUUGUGCUUUUGACCAGUCAGAAAGCAGACUGCUAACAGCUGAAGCUGAUAAAACCAUAAAAGUGUACAGAGAAGAUGAUACUGCGACUGAAGAAACUCAUCCUGUCAGCUGGAAACCAGAAAUUAUCAAGAGAAAGCGGUUUUAAUAUGGCUACAUACGUACGCUAUAAUUUUGUUUUAGCUUUCCUGAAAGCAUUCAAUCACAUUAUGUUCUGCCUAGAACAGCAGAGCAGGAACUCAGCUAAAGUCAUUGCUUUUUCAACAUGUUUUAUAAUAAAUUUUAUUUCUCUU